CGGCUGAUGGCGCUUUGUACUCCCAACUCCUACGGCUCGGAUCAUUCAGAAAGCUUCAAUGCACCGUCCUACUUGUGCACGAUGCGCGUAAUAGUUACUCAUGGAGUAUUCCAUAAUGUCGUUACUAGGCCCGGGGAACCACCUCCAAUGGAAAGUGGCACUCUGUGCCUGCUGAUGAUUCCCUAAGGACAAGCGGUUAUAUGCGCCACUGUAGUGAGUACCGUUCGUCGAUAUUGGAAACACUAUUCUUGGACCAAGCGGUCCAAUGGAUCAUUGAGGGUCUUCCUUGUCGGCAGCACGUUCUUCAUGUCAAACUCGUUUCAGUGUUGUUCCAAUUCGUCCGCUUCCUUCUCACAUUUCUCCUUCACACUACGCGUGCAGCCAAUGUUUGGCAGUCAAGCUGUACCACCCCUGUUCCACAUGGUUUCUCUAUGAGAAAUCCGGCACUGUCGUCCGCAUGCUGGCUUGACAAUGACACAACCACUGGCACCACUUGGUGGGUUAGCUCAGGAAGCGAAACGGCCUCUAACUCUGUCCGACGCAUCGCUUCUCCGCAUCUUUUACACUGGGAUAUUUCAUUCCCAUCACUUCAUUCCCCAGAUUUUAGUAGACUAGACAAUGCGAGUGAAGCGAUGAAGCCCACCUGUGCCACAUUCUCGAGUGUUGGGGACCCUCGAACACGCGUUUGGAAUAGGUGCUUAUAGCUUAAGCUACACGAGCAGUAGCAAGACGUUGGGGUAACUGCAUCCCAUACAUCUCCCUGUGCCAACUUCAGAUGCGAAUGAUGAUGUGAAUCUGCCAGCCCAGGACAGCAAUCGAGCAUGUCAUGUGGACUUUCAUUCGGACGGUGAUUGGACAUCCUGUUCCAUCGUGAUUCACUCAUACCAAGUUUCAGCUCAGUCUUUGUCAUUGCAUCCGCCCAUAUUGGACUCUUGUAAACACAUUCAACUCGAACCAUCAAUGCUCUCAACUCUGCAUUAUAUUAUUAAAGCAGUUUUAUCCUAACAUUACUUGUGACUGGGCCGGCUCU